CAGAUCGGAAGAAUGGCGGCAACGAAGGGGAAGAUACUUUACAAGGUAUAUAGAGCGUUGAGCUACGGACUGUCGCCAUUGCUGUAUCUUCAUCUCCGAUGGCGAGUGCUUCGUGGCCUCGAGCACCCUCUCCGAUGGCCGGAGCGUCUUGGUCGCCCUUCCCAUGCUCGCCCUCCCGGUCCACUUCUCUGGUUUCACGCCGUCUCUUUAGGAGAAAGUUUGGCUACGAUUCCUAUAAUCAAGCAAUGUAUUUUGAGGAGGCCUGAUUUGAACAUUUUGAUGACAACAACCACUUAUUCUGCCUUUCAGGUAGUGAAGAAUUGUCUUCCUACCGGUGUCAUAUAUCAGUUUGCCCCACUUGAUACAGCUGCUGCCAUAGACACUUUCAUUGCACAUUGGAAACCUAAAGUUAUUAUUCUUAUGGAGAGUGAACUUUGGCCUAAUCUUAUCUUGGGUGCUUCACAGCAUGGUAUUACUAUGGCAUUGCUAAAUGCUCGGAUGUCAGCUACGUCUUUUAAGCAUUGGUCAAUUCCAGUGUUUAUUCCCCUGAUUUCUUUAAUGCUAUCAAAGUUCUCAUUGAUUCUCCCAUUGAGCAACCUACAGGCCAUCCGGUUCCAGCUACUGCAGGCUCCACCACCGAUCAUCAGUUUUGCUGGUGAUCUGAAAUUUGCCGUUGAAGAUAUUGGAAUGUCAGUGGCAGAGAUAAAAAAGGUUGAAGACCUAAGAGCACAAUUGGCCCAAAGACAAGUUUGGAUGGCUUCAUCCAUACAUAGAGGCGAAGAAGAAGUUAUACUUGAAGUUCACAAAAUGCUCUUAGAAGCACACCCAAAUCUAGUCACUAUUAUUGUACCUCGACAUCCACUGCAUGGAAAAGAGAUUGCUCUAGAAAUGCAGAAAGAAGGGCAGAAUGUAGCUUUGAGAUCUCAAGGUGAAAACAUCACAUCAGGAACGAAUGUAUAUGUUGUAGACACAUUAGGUGAAUUAAGAUAUUUGUAUGGAAUAACUUCCAUUGCUGUGGUUGGAGGAUCCUUCUUGCCUGGUCUUGCUGGUCACAACAUAUCAGAAGCUGCUGCAGCUGGUUGUGCUGUUUUGACUGGUCCAUAUAUUGCCCAUUUCUCAAGCAUGGUGGCUAAAAUGCAGCAGUUUAAUCCAAUGUCAGUUUUGCAGCUGAUUCAGGUUCAUGGAAAGCUGGACCUUGCAGAGGCUCUCAGAAAUCUCCUUGGAGAUGACAAAGUUUUGGAAGCUCACCGAUUGGCCGCAAAACAUGCGCAGCAAGCUUUGGCGUGUGGCAUCAUUGUGGGUACUUGGAAUUCACUACAUUCCAAUGUUCUGAGAAGUGCGUUUGGUGUAGAUGACAUACACAAAUGCAGGUGAAAAUUGCUUGAACAUCAGUGUGACUGUUGGCCUCACAUGAAAAUUGCCAGCCUUGUCAUCUUUGCACAUGUAAGGAUGCCAGAACUUUCAAUUCAGCAAUUACGCUAAACGACGAACU